UCACUAGAACACACAAGAUGGGUCUCAAUGCCUCCCUUUAUCUAUUCUCCCGCACCUUCUUACUCAUAUUUUUCUCUACAGCCAUUACAGCAGACAACAUCACACAAGCGUUUGAGAAAUACUCCAACUUCAGCACCAUGAAUGAUCUCUUGAUCAAAACCAAGCUCAAUAUACCCAUAAGCAAAUACCUGACCAUAACCUUACUUGCUGUUAGCAACGAAGCCAUCAGCCCUAUCGUUAACAGAUCCGACGUUGAGGUCAAGAACAUCCUUAUGAAUCAUGUCAUUCUCGAUUACUACGAUGAGAUCAAGUUUAAAGGGAUGAAGGAGAAGAGCAUAAUGCUCACUACCUUAUACCAAACAACCGGUUUAGGUGAAGAGAUGAAUGGUUUUCUCAACUGUACCAAAUCCAAAGGCAGAGUUUACUUUGGUUCAGGGGUGAAGGGUUCACCUCUAGUCGCUGAGUAUGUCAAGGCUCUGUACGACAAUCCAUAUAACUUGUCUAUAGUCCAGAUUAGUAUGCCCAUUGUGGCUCCUGGACUCAGCCUUGUUAUUUUUCCACCUCCACCACCACCUGCUCCUCCGGCUCCGGCUCCAUCUCCUCCAGAUGCUGCAAUGGCUCCAGGUCCUGGACCAGAUGAUGAUGACAAUGCCUCAGAUACAGCUGUUCCAAAACAUAAACCUGCAACAGAAACAACGGAGGUUGAUUCUCCAGCUCCUACUCCAAGCGCAGACAAUGAGAAGAUCGAAGCUGCUGAUAAGGCUGGGUCAUCCUCUUCUGCUUGUAAGGCAGGUUUAAGCUUUGUUGUUGUUCUCUUGCUACUAUUGUUUGCUAGCUUUGCUGGUUUCUAAGUUUUGGAAUUAGGUGAUAUGGUUUGAUGACAAUAAUGGUAGAUGAGAUUCAAAACA